UCCCUGCCCCCAGUCCCCCAGGCUCUGGGAUGCGAUCAGGAGCAGGCAGGGGGAGAGCCCAGGGAGCCUGCCCCUCCCACGGUGUCCUGACAGGCCUGAAGGAUGUGUGCCAGCCGGGACCCCCCACCUGCCCCAACCAGGGCCCCUCGGCCAGGCCCUGCUUUACCCCAUCAUCCGGGGGUCGGGUGGCGAGAAAGGCGGCACAGGCCCUCCCAGGCCUGGGGGGCCAUUGCCCAAGGCCCAGGCAGCGUCUGGUUCUGUUACGCAGGCCAGGUCUCCUGUAGGUCUGGGCUCGUGCAGUGCCCCGGGGGGCCCACCUGAGCCCACCCCGCUCCUUUGCAGCUGGAGAGAGGCUCUGUGUCACCCCACAGGGGACCCUGUUGCCCCCAUUCCUGCUCGUCCCCACUGGCCUCUCCUGCUGCUCCGCGCCAGCCCUGCCCCCUCAGGACCGGUCUGUCUUGCCCACUCUGGGCACAGGCCCCCUCCCCCACUGGAACCUGGACUCCCUGGUUCCCCGCUGCCCCCAGGCACCUGCUUUCCCGGCCUGGCACCUUCCAGGGCUCCUCACAGGUUCGGGACGGAGUCCCGUUGAGGGAGGCAGGCCGGGUCCAGGGACCCAGAGGGCUCCCGCAGGACCAGCCAGGAGGGCCCUCAGCGUCGCACGGGAUCGAAAGUGAACACAGAGUUUACCCAGGAGCGUGAGUGGGACAGAGAGCCCCAGGCGGAGCGUCUGGGAGACUCGGAAAGGAUAAGAGGGGGGUGUCUCCCUCGCUCGAGGCUGGGGGUUUACAGUGGAAGAGUCCAGGGUACGUGUUCCUUCAGGAAGCCGGGCAAGGGUGUGCUGGAAGUCGAGCCACAGGCGGACAUCCGGAGAUGGUCCACAAAUCGCCCACGGCGGUGUGAGCCGAUGCUGGCGGCGGCCAGUAUCGUCUGGGGCCCGGGCGGCAGUGAACAUCUGAGGUUCCCGCCUCCCCGGGAGUGGGACCGCAGCUUCUCUGGUUUGCACGGGGAAUCGGAGAGCUCGGGGAGACGGAGGCUCUCUGAACCCCAGUCCCUCCAGCUUCCUGGCCUCACGGUCUCCCUGCAGCUCCACAGGGCCCCCCGGCCUCCCUCGGCCCCUUCCGGCCACCAGACCCCCACUCUCGGCCUCCAGCCCUCUGCUCCUGCCGACUCUCCCCAACCCUGUGAGGGGCUCACAGACCAACAAGCCCCUGAGCCAGGCCCACAGGCUCACGGAGGGCAGCCUUCUGGGCCCCCAGGGCGGCAGCCUGUGUCAGCAAAUGUCUGUGGACGUGUCCCCAUCUGCAGGAGCGGGGGCACAGUCACCUCCCAAAACUGUAGCCCGGGGCAGCCAGCCCGGAGUGGGCUCAGGGAGCAGCGUGGGACCAGGCAGCUCCAGCCCUGACCAGGCCCCCGCUGGCUCACGGGCAGGCUCCGAGACUGGCCGUGGCGGUCUGUCCGUGGCCAGGAGUCAGAGAGGGCAGGAGACCCAGCAGGAGCUGGUGGGAGAGGCAGACUGUCCCCCUAGAGCAGAGCCCUAAGGUCUGCCUGAGGGGCACAGAGCCAGAGGACGAGGCUGUCUCAGGGCAGGUCCAGCCUGGAGAGGCCCGUGCUGGGACGCCAGCAUGGCCACCAGGGGACGCCAUGGUGCUGGGUCACAGUGCUGGGUCACAGCCCUGUGCUCCCCAGGGCGGAAGGCGCCCCAGUUGCCGGUUGCCCUGUCCUGCCCCCACCAGCUCCUGCCUGCUUUUCCCCACCCAGAUGCUCAAGGGGGCCGCCCUGCCGCCCUGGUCGGUGGGUAGGGCUCAGGAGCGUUGGGGAUCUCGCUUCCGCACGCCCAGCCCCGCCGGAGGGCCUGCGGACCGCUCUGGGCAGGAGCCACCUGCUGCUCCCAGACCCUGCCCCAGACCCAGGACCCAAGGACCCCCAGGGGCCCGCACACGCGUGUGCAUCUCUGCGGGCCUGUGGUGCCGGCCCGUCUGUGUAUCCACACACACGUAGAGACACACACAGAAGGACCAUCAAGCAGGGAGACGCUUCCCGACCUGCCGGGCACCUGGCUGCUGUCCCCCAUCCGCCCUUCCUGCCCCCACCCCCUCCGGCCUUGCACAGGCCUCCAGAGCAGGAAAUGAACCAGCUCACCGCUGGCUGCUGGAGCACGGCUGGCAGGGGCGGCUGAUUUAUUGACGUAUUUUAUUUACAAGGAGCAAGAAAAUGCGGGGCUGGGCCCAGCCGCCCCCAGCAGGCCUGCACAGCGGCACGGGCCCUCGGGACACGAAGGAGACCUGGCCCAAGGCCCCCUCUGCAGGCGGGCAGGCGGAGGCGGGGAGGGAACUCGCUCUCCCCUGGGAAAUGAAAGGAUUUCUGGAAAAGGCUGGUCCCCUGAGCUGGCUCAGGGCCUCCAGCCUGGAAGCAGUGGGCUUCCUGUGUUUUGCCCUGGUGUUCGGUGCCCUGGCACAGGUGGUCUUCUGGGGAUUCCACAACCCCACCCAGGUGGAGGACGCGGUGCUGGACGUCUACGACCUGGUGUAUGAGUGGGCGGCGCGGAACUUGUCUGGAACCCCGCGGCAGCAGCUGGUGGCCAUUCAGGACACGAACAUCAGGUUGGUGACGGCACAGUGUGAAUUGAAGCAAGGCCCCGUGGCCACCGGGUCGCAGCCUGGGAGGCAGGGUCCGCAGUUCCUGUGCUGCGGCAAGAGCUCCCCUUUCGGCCUCCUGGGGGACGUGGAGGCCAGUCUAUGCCGGGGACAGCGGGCGGCCAGACAGGACUGCCUGCAGGAGAUCAGGAGCUUCCUGACGACGCACAGAAACGUCGCCUGCGCCCUGACCGGCACCGGCCUCGCCCUCACAGUGUACGCGAUGCUGCUCAGCUCCUUUCUCUGGUUCGCCAUUCGCUCCGGCGGCAGCUUGGAUCGCAAGGGCAAAUACACCCUGAGCCGGAGAGUGCCCGGCUGCCAGGCCGCAGAGCCCAGCUUCUUCAGACACUCCCAGGGCAGCCCCAAGCUACAGCCCCCGACUGAAGAAGAUGUUGUCCACAGCUGCCCGGGUGCAAGAAAACCCUCAGGGGCCCUCAGCUGCUCCAGGACGACCGGCACCCUUUGAACCGACUGUCCCGCCACCUGUGGGCCCACAGAGCCUCUGUCGGCCCAGACGUGAGCCUUACAAGGACGAUGUGAGGUGUUUUCUGCCACAUGGCGGAGGGACGGGGGGUGGGGGCGGGAGGAGGGCCAGCCCAGAGAAGCAGGCUCUGUUUCAGUGGACAGAGGGAUCAGGGUCCCUCAUAGACCCUGUGGGGACAGGCUCGGAAGUGGUCAGAACAGAGAAGCCACGGGGCAGGCAGGAACGGACCCUCUGCCGGGUCUCACGAGGUCAGAGCCCAGGGCUGGGCCGGGCAGGGCUCCCUGCACUCUGCAGUCUCCGGGGAGCACCCCGUCCAGGCUCAGCCGGGCUUUUGGCAGAACACGGGUCCAUGUAGCUGUGGGACAGAGGGCCCCCUCCUUGACGGCUGUCAGCGGGGAUGGCCCUCUGCUCCGCAAGACCACGUCCUUUGUACGAGAGGCUUCAUCUCCCAGGCAUCGAGGGCACCCCAGUCCUCAAGCUGAGAACUUCCGACCUCCCUGUCCCUCCAGCGAUCGGGGGGGGGCAUUCUGCUUUCAGGGGUCCCUGUGGCUACAUGAGGUCCACGGGGAGCCCCACCUCCAGGGCAGAAAUCUCACACUUUCAGGGACACCGUGAUCACAGGUGCCGGGGCUCGAGGGGAGACACCUGGUGUGAGUGUGGGAGGGCGCUGUGGACACUCCCACUUCCCCGGACGCCUGAACCCCCUCUCUAAGUGCCCUGUCCUCAAGGCUGUGCACCCUCCACUAAGAAUCCCAAGCCCCCAGCAGGACCAACGAAGUGGGGGUUCCCCCCAAAACAGAAGAACCGUUCUGUGACAAGCAGCCA